AGUCUCGUGUUGUCUCGACGGAGGGCUCCGUGCUCCGUGCUUGGUGCCCCGUAAUGCUGCAGCGACAUGGAACCGGCUCCCGCCUCGCCUCGACGUGGUAUCAGAUGCAGUAUUACUCCGUGGGCCUUGCCUCAAUCCAGGUGCUUGUGUGCACAUGCGAGGACUACUAUCGUACUAUUACCCCGUAUGCCCAUACAUGUGUUCAUCCGCACACGCAAAUAAAUUAAUUCAAUUAAUCUGCAUCAUACAUGCAACGUGCAGGCCUGGUCUCGGAGAUUUCUCUUGUGAUUCUCGGCCAGUCUCGCCCUCUCCUCUUUUCUCUUUCUUUGUCCUUCCCUCCACCAUCAUGUGCUUUGGGCCGGGGCUGUUCCUCGGCGCUGCUUCCGGUGGUCGCUGCUGAGCGGAUCUCCGUUCUCGGUGGUGCAGUCUCCAGUUUGUAUCGCUAAGGCGCAUGUCAGCCCACUUCCAAGGC